AGGCGGCUCCUGGGCAAGGUGCAGGCAGCCCGCCGGACCGGGUCUGAGGGUCCGGGGUGUCGGGGCUGAGCUAUCUCCUCGUGGGGGUUCCCAGACUAGUCGCGGCGAUUGGAGCGGAGGCGGGCUGGCCAGAAGCCGGCUCUGGGGAGUGGUCCCUGGGAGGCCGCGGGCUUCUCCCUCGGGAGCCCUACAUCCCUCGGGUCGGGGCUGUGGCUCCGCCCACGACUCCGAAACCCCUGCCCUCCACGCGGUGUGAGUUCUCACGCCACCAGCGUUUCGGCGACUUAGCUCCCAGCGCUCGCCAGUGCCUUUAACCACGCCUUUCUCUAUGUUGAAAUGGCCUGCCCCCCCCCUUUUUUUUUUGCUUUGCAAUCUUCCCUUCUGAGACUCAGCUCAGAUGUCACUCCCUGCAAGAUGGAAUCACGCCCUUCGCUCCGCUUGCCUUCAGAAUACAAGUUCAGAGAUCUAACUGUGGAAGAACUGAAGAAUGUAAAUAGGUUUUUCCCACAUUUCAGAUAUUCCAUGGACACCUAUGUGUUCAAAGAUAGUUCCCAGAAAGACCUGCUGAAUUUCACUGGCACUAUUCCUGUGAUGUACCAUGGUAAUACAUACAACAUACCAAUUCGUUUGUGGAUCUUGGAUUCCCACCCUUUUGCUCCCCCCAUUUGCUUCUUAAAGCCAACUGCAAAUAUGGGUGUCUCAGUUGGAAAACAUGUGGAUGCUCAAGGCAGAAUAUACUUGCCCUAUCUUCAAAACUGGAGCCAUCCUAAGUCUGUCAUUGUUGGACUAAUUAAAGAAAUGAUUGCCAAGUUUCAAGAGGAACUUCCCCUGUAUUCUCUACCAUCGUCUGAUGAGGCACGGCAGGUAGACUUGCUAGCCUAUAUUGCAAAAAUCACUGAAGGUGUCUCAGACAUAAAUUCAAAGAACUGGGCAAAUCAUGAGCAUAAAACAGUCAAUAAAAUUACUGUGGUUGGAGGUGGAGAACUGGGAAUUGCCUGCACAUUAGCAAUCUCAGCAAAGGGCAUUGCAGACAGACUGGUCCUCUUGGACCUCUCAGAAGAGACGAAAGGAGGAGUGAUGGACCUUGACAUCUUUAACCUGCCUAAUGUGGAGAUCAGCAAAGAUUUGUCUGCCUCUGCUCAUUCCAAGGUGGUGAUCUUCACAGUCAACUCUUUGGGUAGUUCUCAGUCCUACCUUGAUGUGGUACAAAGCAAUGUGGAUAUGUUCAGAGCCCUUGUCCCAGCUCUGGGACACUAUAGUCAACAUGGUAUCCUGCUUGUUGCAUCUCAACCAGUGGAAAUCAUGACUUAUGUGACGUGGAAACUGAGUGCAUUUCCUACAAAUCGAGUGAUUGGAAUUGGAUGUAAUCUGGAUUCACAGAGAUUACAGUACAUUAUUACAAAUGUUUUGAAGGCACAAAUGUCAGGAAAACAAGUAUGGGUUAUUGGUGAGCAGGGAGAAGACAAAGUGCCCACAUGGGGUGGCCAAGAAGAAGUGAUGAGUCAUAACUCUCAAGUGCAGUUGUCCAACAGAGCCAUGGAGGUGUUACGGGUAAAAGGUCAAAGAUCCUGGUCUGUUGGACUAUCAGUGGCUGACCUGGUUGACAGUAUUGUAAAUGAUAAAAAGAAAGUACAUUCUGUAUCAAUUUUAGCAAAGGGAUAUUAUGAUAUAAACAAUGAAGUGUUUUUAAGUUUGCCUUGCAUCCUUGGAUCCAGUGGAGUAUCUGAAGUCAUCCAAAGCACAGUGAAGGAAGAUACAGCAACUGAGAAACUCCAAAGCAGUGCAUCAUCAAUCCAUGGUCUCCAACAACAGUUAAAACUUUGAUCCUAAAGUACAGAGUUACCUGAAAGGAAAGGUCAUUUAAUUUUGCCAACACAUACAGGGUUGAGAACUUCUGUAUCUUAUUAGUUACCCUUACAAACUGCUUAGUUAAGGUAGACAGUUUCCAGUUAGCACUGUAAUUUGAAUCCUUAGGGAGUUAGAUAAGGAGGGGGAAGAAAUCUAAUAUUCUUUGUCGUUCUUGAGAUAUCUAAACUGUUCUUUAAAUCUAUAGAAGAUGUAGACAUUCAUCUACAAUCUACAAUAUGCAUCAUUUAAAUUUAUGGAUCCUCAUCUAAAAGCACAUUCAGCACUUUGGGAAUAUUUUGAAAGUAAUAUACUUUUAAAAGAAAAUUACUCUUUAUUACAAUAAACAUGAUAAGCUGAAGGUCCAGUAUUGGUUUACAGAAUCUGUGCUGGGUGUGCUUUCAAGAGAUCCACAGCUUAAGGUAUUGUUUCUUCUUUAAAAUAAAAUCGGUAGUAAUAGGAAAGCAUUUUGUUUUCCCUCUUUAAAUUAAUUAGCUACCCCUGGGUGUCUCAGUUGGUUAAGCCUCCAACU